CCUCUCAUACUAAAAGUGGUAUAUCAUCAAGAGAAAGAUUAUGGGAUAGCUGGCCGUUCUCCUUCGACUAGCAUCAGCAUCAACUCUAAGACUGAAUAAGUCUAUUCCAUUUUUAGCAAUAAUCUGCUAAAUUUUGAAAACAGGGUUCUAGGUAGCACAAGUGGAGGGAAGAGUCGGCCCAAAAGAUACACUCAGAAGUUGCUCUUGGAAUCUCUCAAUGAUUAACUUGUGACAAACAAGAGCAUGCAUAACGAGUCAAAAAUAAGGAUGUUGCCAUACAUUUUUGUUACUGCGACUCCGGUGAAGAGGAAAAUCUAUGAAUCAGCUCAAAGUAAUGAUGUAGAAGGAGAUUUUGUACUACCUUUUGCAUAUGUGCCAACUCUGCCAAAGGGUUGAAAGGUGCCGUUAUUGAACAAUCUUAAGGAGGAAUUUGACAAGGAAUAAAUACCAUCAACAAGAAAAUUUUCAUAAACGUUCCACAUUUGUUGUCUCAAUCAAGAUAUAACCUGACUACAGAGUCUAAAUUGACUGAGGAGGUGCUCAAGGAAGGUUUGAACCAUAAGCGUAUGAGGCUAGAAGCAUCUGUUGGUAUGGCAUCGUCUCAUUAUAUGUAGAUAAAGACACAUAGGAGUUAUCCCAAGAAAGAUUGGGUAACAACUCUAAUCAGAAUAUCAGUGGGAUGGGUUCAUUCUUACAAAAAUUUCAGACCAGUGAUUACAUGUAAGAGAUCAACACUUCUAAGGCUCACUAAGCCAAGUAACAAACCUUCCAAGCACAAGGAGGAGAAGAAGAAAGUUGAAGAUGUCCUUACAGUUGAAGAAUUAGAGUCACUCAAUAACAAUCAUUCUUCUAGAAGUAAAUAAAGAGAUCCAUAAUUAUCACAAAGAACCCCGUCAAAGUAACCGAAUCAAGGAGUCUCUCAGAAGAAAGGAAGAGGAGAAGAAGCGACUUGAAGAAGAUCGUAAGACCAAAGAAGCAGAAGAUGCGAAUAGAAGCAAGCUUUAGGCGUAAUUAAUUACGAAAUGCAUUAUUUAGUCAAGGAAUUCAACAAAAGCUGUCUAUGCAAACAGUGCAAUAAAGUGAUACAGCUACAUGAAAAUACCAAAGCUAUUAGAAGGAUGAAGUUCCAUAAGAAAUGAUUUGAUAAUUCUGCUUAUAAGGUAUAUUUUACUCCCAUUUAUCACCCAGGAUCUGAACUCUCAAUCUUCAAAAUCACUAAAUCCCAAAGGAAGAGGUAGAUCUAAAGGCUCCUAAGCCCUCUGAUCGCACCCAGGCUUCCUCUAAGCCCACGUCUACCCACACGCGUGGCGAAAGACGUCCAAAGACAAUGAAAAUUUUUCGAGCCCAGGACCAAAAUUCAACAAAAUCCCCUGAAAAGACCACUGGUUCCAAAAAGACGCCGAACAGACAUCCGACUCCAUUCCCGCAGAAAGUACGGAAGGCCGUCCGCAAAUAAGCUGUAGGCUUACUUAAUUUAUAUAAGAAUCUUACUUA